CGUGUCAGUUAACAUAAUUCAAAUUUAUUUCAUGAAGGCAUUUUGAGAGAGUUCGUAAAAUCAUUUGCGUGAAAUAUAAACUCUAAAUUAUUUGUCAAGAUGACCGAGACGACAAUCGGUAAAAAGCAUAAAGUAACAAAAAUCAUCGUUUCGUCUCCACACAUCUACAAACCAGUAGGACCUUACAGUCAAGCAAUCUUAGUGGACCAUACCUUAUACGUAUCUGGAGUACUAGGAUUGGAUCCACAAGCGAAAUUGGUUGACGGUGGCGCUGAAGCCCAAACGCAACAGGCUUUGAGCAACUUGAAGCACGUUUUGGAGGCGGGCGGAUCUUCCCUCGACGCUGUCGUCAAGACAACUAUCCUCCUUGGGGACAUUGAUGAUUUUAAAACUGUCAACGAAGUAUAUGGAAAAUUUUUCACUAAGGACUGUCCAGCCCGAGCUACAUUCCAAGUUGGCAAGUUACCACUUGGAGCAGCAGUAGAAAUUGAAGCCAUAGCAUUGAGUGGAGAUCUGUCGAUUGUCGAAGCCGGCCCGUGUCCUUGCUCAAAAUAAUUAUACCAUCGAUAUCACGUCGUGUGACGUAGAAAAGAAAAUCCGACAUGCUUAAUAGACAAUAUUUACAAGUGCAUGAAAAUUAAUGGGAUUAAAUUAAUUAU